AGUAGGAGUACGAGGAGGGUUGUAGACUAAAUUUAGACGCACAUUCUGGAAAGUGCUUUAUAAAUGACAGACAUGCAGAUUCACCUCUAGCUCUAUUUUCUUCAACCUGUCAUGAAUAAACAGUGGAAGUCACCGCAGCCUCACAGUUAUACGGUUUCAGUCCAUCUAAAAGUUUAGAAUAAGGAAGGAAGACAAGAACAGAUUUGCCGAAGUCUAUCGCUACUAUUACUCUUUGGUCAAGGAAAAUUUGGACAACGUUAGGAGGAAAGCAUCCAACUUCUUCACCAGUUCUUUAAGAAUACAGAAAGAAGAAUCUGUCACCUAAGGAAAAUGAACCUCAACGAGAAAAGGUGGAAUGACAACUAUCUGGAAGAAAUGCUCCUUCUCACUUCUCAAAAUCUUCCCAUGAUCAAGGUAGAAGAUAACUACGUAAUUGUCAAGGAGCUGGGCAGUGGUUCCUAUGGACAUGUUUUACUUGCAUUAAACCAAACAAAAGGAAAUUUAAUGGCACUGAAAUUCAUGCAGAAAAAUAAGACAGAUCUUCACGUGUUCCUAAUCGAGUACUGUCUUUCACUAUGUCUAUCGACUCAUCCGUGCAUUAUUGAUACCUUUGGAAUCGCCUUUCAGACAGAGAGACAUUACAUAUUUGCCCAAGAACUAGCACAUGACAAUCUCUUCUCUCUAAUGAAGCCUCAGAUUGGACUGCCAGAAAUUUCAGUUAAGCGAUGCGCUAUUCAACUUUCCAGCGCCCUAGAGUAUAUGCACAAGAAAGGCCUUGUUCACCGCGACAUAAAGCCUGAAAACAUUCUCAUCUUCGAUCAGGAAUGUCGCAAAGUUAAACUGACGGACUUUGGUCUCUCGUGCCGAGCCGGAACAUAUGUCGAAUCAAUGCCUGAAAAUCUGCCAUAUACGGCUCCGGAGAUGUGCAGUCUGGGAACAGCGGAUAAGCUAAACGCACAAGGAAGUUUGGAUAUUUGGGCAUUUGGAGUACUUCUCUUUUGCAUUUUGACAGGUUAUUUUCCAUGGACGUCGGCAAUCACAGCGGAUAAAAACUUUGUUCAAUAUACUAAGUGGCAAAAAAGCAGCAGAAUAUUCCGACUUCCAAAUCAAUGGAAUACAUUUAGCACAGAGGCCCUAGAAAUGUUAAAAAAAUUGCUAGUACCAGACGCAACCAAGAGAUGCGACUCAAUGGAAGUCAUGAAAUAUGUCAAAUCGCCUUGGAAAAUAUGUAUCAAUGCUAACACCUACAAAAAGAUGUACUAGAGAAAUGACCUUUAACAUUCAAGCCUCCCCACGAGGCUGUAAGUUUGGUUAAAUGGAACUGUAGGGAACUUCAUCCGGAAUAUGGUCGGGUAAACGUGGUCUAAAGGAGGCCUUUUGAUGGUUCAUUUCCAUACAUCUGACCUACAAAAUUACCUAUAGUCAAUCUUUAUUCUUAUAGAAUAACAUAAGCAACAUUUGUUGCUCAUAAAAAAACCAAGAGCCCAGCUUUCAGGGUUCAGAAAUAAAAAUUGCACGGUAACAGUAUUCAGUGGAUAACGAGGACAAGUUUCCCUAGAAGUCGCCUUAUAGUGUUUCAAAGACAGUCAUUGAAGGGACUACUUCUGAUGCAUCGCUUUUUUAUGGCGGUCCUUCAGAAGAAGAUUGCACACUAUGUGUGCUGCAAUCUCAAUGUCCAGGCCGUUGCAAACUGCAUCGGGGUACCGAUUGGAGUCCAAUAUAGUCUAAUAGCAGUACAUUGACAGGCAAACUAACAGGCAAUAAUGCUUUGGAAUACCAUGUAUUCCAAAGCAUUACAGAAGCCGUAAAAAAUAAAAAAAUCAAUGCUUCAUGUCUUCUAGGGGAGCAUAAAACAAAUUAAAUUUUAUAUUUAAAAAAAAACAAAAAAACUUUUUAUAUAACUGUAGACCUGUAGAAUUUAUUUUGGCCAGACGGCAGACCGUGAGGAAUUCAGUAUUCAGCGCAGGCGCGGUGAGGAAGCUGGCAGCCUGCGAGCGUCUUUCCCUCACCACGCCUGCGCCGAAUGCUGAACGGCGCGAGAUUUCACCAGAGCACAGGGCUGGCAGACAGAUGUGAGCGCUGCCUGGCCGUCAAUCAGGACUUUGAGGGAGGCGACAAAGGUGGGAGAACGGAGCUUCCUAGAGGCUAAUUAGCAUAUUAUAAAAGUUAGCUUUCUGGCAUAACUGAGGCAUAGAUAAAAAUAGGAAUAGGCUAGUUAGCUUAAUAGGGUUAAAUCUGGUGGCAGAAUCCCUUUAAAAAAUAAAAAAGACUAGGAUGAUUAGGGUGGGGGAGAACUCUCUCAGGAUGCCGAUGAUUCUUAUGGUUAAAAACCAGUAACCGGUUCCCUUUAAGUCUACUAUAUUGCGUGUGGAAUAGAUAUACUAAACAAUUGGAUAACAUAGCAUCUAGUAUGCGUUUUUAUCUUUUUUUUUUUUUUUUUUACACAGAUAGGUGUCACUGAUAACGCACUUGAAAAUAAAUUUACUACAACACCUAGGCCCUUUUAAUAAAUCUGAGGCCUCCUGUACCAUUUUGCUAAUUAUUGAAAGAACACUUCUUAAAACUAUCGAAAUACAGUAUAUCUCACGUUAGGUCUCUGAAUACAUUGCUGUGAUUAAAAAAAAAAAAAUGUACAGAAAUGUAUUAAAAACACAGGCUUUUUUCGGCUGUAAAAGGCUAAAGGAAUAUGGAUUUGUUGGAAUGUAUGACUAAGGAGUUAUGUAUUUGAUAAUCAGAAAUAAAAUAAGUGUACAUAAAA